AUGGAUUCUGCUAACAUGUCUUCGGCGACCAAGGAUUCCGAUAAAAAGGACCUUAGACAUACUCUGUCUGUGGGCAACAACAACAACAACAACAACAAAGGCCGUCAAGACAGACAAGACAGACAAGACAGCAGACUCACUGAAACCAUAGCGUCACCAGGAAGUCCUGAAGCCCGGGUGGCAUGUAGGGAUGCAAGCCGACGUGCGCGACCGAGCAGAGAUAGGAGAGAUACUAAAGGGGAGACUCAAGCUGGCCACGUGCUGCACAUAGAGGGCGAUCUUCCCGAGAAUGCGGGCCAUGCUAAGACACAUCUCUUGGCACUCGAGGCUGAGAUGCUCGAGCUGAAACGGCGCAACGAACAGUUAGAAGCUACACAAGCGGUCGCCGACAGAGAUGCGCGCACGGCCAAGCAAUCUAUAGAGCGGCUUCGCGAGCGCUUGACCACCACCUCUAAGAAGUACGCAGACCUCAAAUUGGACUAUAAAGACCUGCGACACGACUACAGGCGACUCAAAGACUCGCACGCACAGCUCAAAGAAGACCGCCAACAACUCACAGACACACACACGGCCGGUGAAGCCGUAGGCGAUCUGGGACCUUGUUUAUACUGCCUCCGGCCAUUGCCCCAGGGGUUUGUAUCGCAUGUGGAGUUGGAUUUAGAGUACCAGUUGAAGGCCGCUCUGCCUGUGCCGCAACCGCGGGCGAACGGGCACGUGGCUCAUUCCGAGCAACAAAAUGGGUAUGCCGCUGACGUGCCUGACCGCCUAGACCCAACCGAUGCCCCACUUACGGCCCAAGACAUGCAGCACAUUGCACUGCAGAAUACCGGAAUGAUGUGGGACGAGAAUAGCGGGAUGUACUACAACUACGCCACCGGCUACUACUACCACACACAGUCGGGCCUUUACUUUGACCCCACGGCCCAGGCUUACCAUCACCUCAACCCGACCACAAAUGAAUACGAGUUCCACUCCUCGGCUGCGGAUUGGGUGGAUAAUAACUAUGGCAACGGAGCCACCGCCACAACCGCAGCCACCCAGCAUGCGGCAGAGGAAGAGAUACUGUGCAUCCGAUUGAUCGUGCAAGAGUCGCCGAAUGCACCCGCAGGCACAGUCUACGUAGUGGGGUUGGAUGGAGGCACUAUCGGACGAGAAAGCGGACAUGGCCAUUUGAUCCAAUUCAAAGAGGCCAGUGUAUCGCGUGACCACGUGGAGAUACGAACGUGGCCCAGCGAAGACGAGAGAGUCACACAGCUCACCCAGCAAUGGCGUCCGGCUGAGGAUGCUGAGGACUGCAUUGCCACACCCUUUUGGCUGCGAGACUUGGGGAGUAGUGAGGGCACCUAUAUAAACGACCGAAAGAUUCCUGCGGCAGAUAAAAGUAAUGAGGAUUCCGGACUACAUCGGCAAGGCUUGUUCCAUAAAGACACGCUGUGGAUAGGAGAAACAACGCUGUUAGUUCAUGCGCAUCCCGGUUCGCAGUCCUGCGCUGUGUGUGCCCAGUCCUUUGAGACCCCAACUCACACCCCGGCCAAUUCAGCGGCGGGUGCCAGUGGGUGGACGUCCAUUGCAGCCGCUCCGGUGCAGAUCACUAAACCUGGCCACUCAGUGCAACCACAGACAACCGUCGAUCUCCCCGGCCUAAAAACAGGUCGAGUAGACCACCACAUGGAAAUGCAUAAACGGAAGUUCGGUCUCGACAGGGAGAGUCGGGCCGUGAACCCGCAGGUGAUGCCGGAUAUGACUUACGUUGAUAGAGCCAAGAAACGGCGGGUCGACAAACCCGGUGGGCACUGGACUGAUACCUGGGACCGUAACGCUCCUGUCCAAUCCGCAUCUGAGGCCAAGCCAAUUGAAGCUACCAAUAAAGGGUUUAAACUACUCCACAAAAUGGGUUGGAGCGGAGGCGGGCUGGGAAAAGUUGGGAACGAGGGAAUUGCCGAACCCGUGGGAGUUCGGAAGCAUGCCCCUGGCCGAGGGUUGGGUUCUCAGAGGUGAAUUUAGAUACAGCCGUGCAAGUGCAUGAGAUAUCUUUUAUAAAACUAAGCUGUCUGGGUAAACAGUUUAUGAGCUUUGGGCGACGCGAGAGUUAAACGCUAGCGAAUGAAGGAAUGGUCUUUAAAGGCCAGAUAUGACCUCGAUUUUAUUUAUCGCGCGAAAUCAAUAGAUGUGCGACAUCAAUACCGAUGCCUCUCGAAAGGGUAUAUUCAUUCUUUUCUGAGAUCAAACUUAUAUACUACUGUGAAGAUACGGUCCUAUUUCCUUUGUCUACGGCUGAGUAGUUACAUUUUUGACAUAUGUAUAGUAUUUAUACCGGCAGUAGUUGCGACUUAUAAAUCGCGUGGCUUGUUAUAAGUACUGAACAUGUCAGAUUCUAUUACAACACCAUAUGGACGCUAUCCGUCAUCAAUUCUCACCCAGCACUGCGGAAGAGAAUAUCGCGGCGAGGCAUUAGAAAUAAGUCAUAUAAGACUGAAAAUAAAGGUUGCUGUACAAAAGUUGAAUACCAAACCCCA